UGACUGAAACAAAGAAUAUCACCAUCAUCAUCUGAGUCUUUAUCUCAAAACUGUGGGAUCGGCUUUUCCACCAUUCAUUUCUAUCUAGGAUCAUAUUUUCAUCAACUCCUAUUGAAUCUAAAUCAUUUCUUAGUACUUCAAGCCAUGUUUUUCACCAAUAGAUGUAAUCCUAAAAAAGAGCCAUUUCUCAGUUGCUUGUGGUGGCAUACUGAUAUAUUCGUUGUCUCAAUAAUAUCCAUUGUUGCCUGUAACUUAUUGAUAUGUUUUGUAUUGCUUUUUUCUGUAGUUUGCGUACGACCUUAUGUGUUCGUUUCAAGAGUGAGGUUGUGGCAUGUGGAGUUGUAUAUGCUGCUGCUCGUAGGUUCCUGGUACCUCUUCCUGAGAAUCCACCAUGGUGGAAGGUAUUCGAUGCAGAUAAAUCUGGGAUUGAUGAAGUUUGUAGAGUCCUUGCUCACCUAUAUAGCCUUCCAAAUGCACAGUACAUACCAGUUUGUAAAGAUGGAGAAUUCUCAUUUUCUAGCAAGUCUUCAUAUUUGCAACCUAAGUCGGCUGCAAAGGAAAGGACCCAGAGUGGUUCCCCAGCUAUGCUCUGAUGGCGGCUCCUGCAUAUGUGAAUCUUGAAUCAGGUGGAUCUAUGGGUGUGAUAGUAAAAGUAGAACUUGACAAGCUGAAGGAGUCUAAGAAGAGUGAUGAUGAAUCUAAAAACAUGCCCUCUGAGGGUGAUACAAGAGAAGAGACUGUGUCGAAAUACAAAUCUGAGCAUAGGAUAGAGGCAAGUGGUGAAAGGAGCAAAGAGUGGGACAGAGACAGAGAAUCGGAUAGAACAAAGUCGCGGGGUCGUGAUAGGGGCAGAGAUACGGACAGGGAGCGAGAGCGAGAGGAGGUUGAAAGAGAUAAAGGAAAAGAUCGAGGUCCUAGUUCCAGGGAGAGAUUAAAGGCUUCAGGAGGGCAUUCUGAUAAAUCCAGACAUCACUCCUCAGGGCAAAUGCAAUGGUGA